AUGAAGUUUUUCAUAGAUGGAAGUGAGUACACUGACCUCACUUUUGGUGGUGGAAAGAUUGUCUGUCCUGUGGAUGAGUCGGCUUUCCUCCUCUUUGCUGGUCUGGUGGUUCCUUUAACUUGGAUCUUGCAUUAUAUUUGUUACCUCAGACUUUCUGGCUGUGGACUCUCAGAGACUCACUGUGAAGUUGUGGCCUCAGCUCUGAAGUCCAACCCCUCCCAUCUGAGAGAGCUGGACCUGAGUGGAAACUAUCUGCAUCACUCAGGAGUGAAGCUGCUGUCUGCUGGGUUGAAGAAUUUACAUUGUAGGCUGGAGACUCUGAGGCUUGAGAGAUGUGACCUGCCAGAGAGCUGCUGUAUUUUUCUGGCCUCAGCUCUGAAGUCCAACCCAUCCCACCUGAAAGAGCUGGAUCUAAGUGAAAACCAGCUGCAGGACUCAGGAGUGAAUCUGCUGUCUGCUGAACUAGGGAGUUCAGACUCUGAGCUGGAGACUCUGAGAUUGAGGAACUGCAGGUUGUCAGAGAUCAGCUGUGACUAUCUGGUCCCAGCUCUGAACUCCUGUUUCUCUCUUUCCCGCCGUCUGACGCCGACCGAGCUCGGGAUGUCUAACCGGGAAUCAAUACAAUCCUCACGGCUCCAUCUUGUGUGUCCGUCCGGGCUGGAAGGACCGGAGCUGCCGGUGAACGAUCGUCUUCUGUCGGCAAAGAUCGGCUCCGUCCGCCGCGACCACCGGAGCCGCAGCAGCUAA